AUGUCUUCAGAUCGCGAAAGCAAGACCUUCCUGGCGAGGCUUUGCGAGCAAGCUGAGCGCUACGAUGAAAUGGUCAACUACAUGAAAGAGGUCGCCAACCUAGGCGGCGAGCUCUCAGUCGAUGAACGAAACCUCCUCUCGGUCGCAUACAAGAACGUUGUCGGCACAAGACGGGCUUCUUGGAGAAUCAUUUCGUCGAUUGAGCAAAAGGAAGAAUCCAAAGGCUCUGACAAGCAUGUCCAAACCAUUCGAGAUUAUCGACAGAAGAUUGAGACCGAGCUCGAGAAGGUCUGCCAGGACGUCCUCGAUGUGCUCGACGAUGCUCUCAUUCCUAAGGCCGAAUCUGGCGAGUCCAAAGUCUUCUACCACAAGAUGAAGGGUGAUUACCACCGUUAUCUUGCCGAAUUUGCUUCGGGUGAGAAGCGUAAGACUGCUGCUACUGCUGCUCACGAGGCUUACAAGAACGCUACCGACGUCGCUCAGACAGAGUUGACUCCAACACAUCCUAUUCGGUUAGGUCUUGCCCUCAAUUUCUCAGUCUUCUACUAUGAGAUCUUGAACUCACCCGACCGAGCCUGUCAUCUGGCUAAGCAAGCUUUCGAUGACGCUAUUGCCGAACUCGACUCGCUCUCCGAAGAGUCCUACCGCGACAGCACUCUGAUCAUGCAACUUCUGCGGGACAACUUGACCUUGUGGACUUCUUCUGAUGGUGGUGAUGGUGAAGCUGGCGAAGCUGGUGCACCAACAGAGGCUAAGAAGGAGGCGACGUCUGAAGCUCCAGUUCAGGGUGAAAGCUCUGCGAACGAGGAGAAACCGGCAGCCGCUUCCUAG